UUGCAUUAUAUUUGGACCCCACUCUCCCCACGCCCCUCUCCCCCACAGCCGAAAAGCAACUUUUAUCUGUCAGGAGGGGGUCAAGAUGUUAACAUGAUGUCCCUGGCUUCUAAGAUUCAGAAACUCAACCUACCAGCUGUGGAAUGUCAGGAAUGGGAAAAGUUACGACACCUUUCCCGUUCUUUGCUAAAUCUAAUGUAGAACAUGCGGAACCAACAGGUUCUAUAAAUAAUGCAAGUAAAACCCUGUCAGAACCUUAGGCUAUUUCAUCUGUCUCUGGAUGGGGAAAGUGCACAAGGCGAGUCAAAGAUUCAUCAAGGCCUGUGUACACACAUCUCUGAUGCCACUGCUUGUAUCUCUGUUACUGCUGCUCAGCUUGGUGUGCGAAUGCCAAGGUGGAGCCUUUCCUCCCCUCUCAGCGAAGCAAGAAUGUAUGCAGGGGUUGUCAGAACUCAAGCAGAGCAUUCAGAUGCUCAAUCACAAGCUGUUGCUUGGGGACUGGCAACUCCAAAACCUACGUGAGUACAGAUAUUUCCCACCUUCCAAACUACACCAGAUGUCCACUCCAAAUGAGACAGCAGCAUACAAGACAGUCGCUCCACUUCUACCUCUUGGUCCCGGGAAUCUACUUGUGCAUGAUAAAGAUUGCUCUGAGUUACAUGACAGACUGCGACCACCGAGUGGUUUCUACCGAAUCAAGCCAGAGGUAACCGCAGAGCCAUUUUUGGUGUACUGUGACAUGGAGGAUGGUGGGGGAUGGACCGUGUUUCAGAAGCGUCGUAAUGGAAAGGUAGACUUCAACAGAGACUGGGCUGCUUACCGAGAUGGGUUUGGAAAUUAUGAGCAGUGGAAUGAUGAGUUUUGGCUGGGGAAUGAAAACAUUCAUUCUUUACUCACUGGAGAUGAGUAUCUGCUGAAGAUUGAUCUCAUGGACUGGAAGGGAGAGACUAACUAUGCCAUCUAUGACAACUUUAAAAUAUCUGAUGAAAAGGACCAAUACAGGCUGAGUGUUGGAACGUGCAGUGGUCAGGCAGGGGACGGUCUCUCUGGCGGGACCAACAUGGUGGAGCAGUGGUCAGCCUCGCUUGGCGGCAUGCAGUUUAGCACCAGAGACCAGGACAACGACCGCUACCUCCAGGGCAACUGUGCUGAAGAGAACAUGGGCGGCUGGUGGUACAACAGGUGCCACGCCGCCAAUCUGAACGGAAAGUUUUACAGAGGAGGAGAGUACAAGGCGAAGAAUGACAACGGCGUGGUGUGGGGUACCUGGCGAGGCCUCUGGUACUCCCUCAGACACACCACCAUGAAGGUCCGCCCACAGCACUCCAUGGACGGCUUGGGGAGUGGAGCAGGGUCUGAGGGUUAGCACUCCAUGGACGGCUUGGGGAGUGGAGCAGGGUCUGAGGGUUAGCAGACCAUGGAGGAUCCCACUUUGUCUAAGCACCGAAAGAACCGCUCGCAGGAAAACUCCAAACUUUUUUCACAAAAGUUGUGUUCGUCCACAGUUACAAAAGCUGUUGAUUUGAAUUUGUCGCGUAGUGCGUAGUUUAUUUUAACACAUUGCUAUCUUUAGUACAUGCCAAGGUAAUGAUGGGAUUAUUCUUGCAUGUCAUGUUACUGGGACUCUCCAUGGCUAGAUUAAACCAGUGAUUAAUACCCUGCAUUACUUUCAGUACAAUGAUAAUAAAACCAGCAUUUGAAUUUGA